AUGGCCCUCUCUAGGCUCCUCGGGGAGGUCAGGGGCUACCUCCGGAUCCGCAACCUCCUGGCCCGCCAGUGUCUGGCAGAGUUCCUGGGUGUAUUUGUGCUGCUGCUCAUCACCCAGGGGAGUGUGGCCCAGGCUGUGACGAGUGAAGAAAGAGUGGGCAACUUCUUCACCAUGUUCCUGGGGGGCGCUCUGGCCGUUAUCAUAGCCAUCUAUGUGGGUGGCAAUGUCUCAGGGGCCCACCUGAAUCCAGCCUUCUCCUUGUCCAUGUGCCUCCUGGGACGCUUCCCCUGGGCCAAGCUACCCAUUUAUAUCUUUGUGCAGCUGCUGUCUGCUUUCUGUGCUUCAGGAGUCACCUAUUGGGUUUACUAUGAUGCCCUACAGAACUAUACAGGUGGGAACUUGACGGUGACUGGCCCUAGGGAGACAGCCUCCAUCUUUGCCACUUAUCCUGCCUCCUAUCUGUCCUUGAACAACGGCUUCCUGGACCAGGUUCUGGGUACCAGCGUCCUGAUUGUGGGGCUCUUGGCCAUCUUGGACAAACGAAACAAGCCAGUGCCUGCCGGUCUGGAGCCUGUGGUGGUGGGGAUGCUGGUUCUGGGCAUUGGAUUAUCCUUGGGUGCCAACUGCGGCUACCCACUCAACCCCGCCCGGGACCUGGGCCCAAGGCUCUUCACCUACGUGGCUGGCUGGGGCCCUGAAGUUUUCAGUGCUGGUAACGGCUGGUGGUGGGUGCCCGUGGUGGCCCCUAUGGUGGGUGCCAUCCUUGGCACGGCUGUGUACUAUCUGCUGGUGUCUUUGCACCAUCCUGAGGACUCGGAGCCGGCUAAGGAUGCCAAGCCAGCUCCACACAAAGUCUCAGCCCAGAUGCUGGAGUGUAAGCUGUGA